GUAUUCCGUGGUAACUCCUUUAUUUUAAAAAGUAGAGAUAUUACGUGCAGAAACCGAGUGCUGCAGCAUUUUUCAGGCGUGCAAACUCGCUUGCCUCUGCAGGAUGACAGAAAGUGGCCACGUGGAGGGCUUUAACCAAUCACUUCUAGAGCCUCGAGCACAGGGCUAUAAAUAUGAGGCGGUUGCCGUAGAGACGUCCGCCAUUGAAGAACAACACUCAACGCAUGACCCCGUGUAUCUUGUAAGGAAGACAGCCUGUGAUGAGAGCUGAACUGCAGCAAAGCCUAAUGUGAGACCUUUAAUGGGAAUUGGAGGACACAAUGUCAGAUAUGAAAAUCUCUCAAACCCCCACUGUGAGUGGAAACCCCCCUCCCCCAGAGAUUAUAAACCCCAAGAAGCCCGGACGCUCAACCAAUCAGCUGCAGUAUCUGGAAAAGGUGGUGGUCAGGGCCUUAUGGAGGCAUCAGUUUUCAUGGCCCUUUCGCCAGCCUGUUGAUGCAGUAGCGCUGCGUCUUCCAGAUUAUUAUACAAUUAUUAAGAAUCCCAUGGAUCUUGGCACCAUUAAGAAGCGUCUCCAGAACAAUUAUUACUGGAAGGGGCUAGAAUGUAUACAGGACUUAAACACCAUGUUCAACAACUGCUAUACAUACAAUCAGCCUGGUGAUGACAUUGUUUUCAUGGCAAAAACCCUGCAUAAAACCUUCUCUCAUAAAGUGGCCCAAAUGCCUCAGGAGGAGAGUGAACUGUCAGCAUCCACUACAAAGAUACCAGGGAAAGGAAAAAAGACAGGUGCAGUGAAGCCGCGGCCCCACUCCCCUGUGUCAGAAGUUGUGGUCCAGCAGACGGUGACUGUCAUUCCUCCCGAUGCACUUCACUCCAUCCCACCCAACCGGCUCUCCACACAGAUUGAUGCAACAAUUAAAAAGGGUUUUAAGCGGAAAGCAGAUGGCACAAGCUCACCUACCUCAGCAGUCUCUAGCUGCGAGUUAUCUGUGGAGCGUUCAGCAGCUUGUAAGCUAUCUUCCACGCGGGGAAGCGGAAGGACCAUCAAACCACCCAGGAAAAGCUUGCCUGACUCUCCCUGUGUGGCCAAGAAGCCCAAACUCUCUGCACAGCUCAAGUACUGUGAGUUGAUCCUUAAAGAGAUGUUCUCAAAUAGACACUCUGCCUAUGCCUGGCCUUUCUACACCCCUGUUGAUGCAGAUGCCCUGGGCUUGCAUGACUACCAUGACAUUAUCAAGCAGCCUAUGGAUCUUGGUACCAUAAGGAAAAAAAUGGAUCAGCGAAAGUAUACAAAUGCCCAAGAGUUUUCUGCAGAUGUCAGACUGAUGUUCUCCAAUUGUUAUAAAUACAACCCACCUUCGCAUGAAAUAGUCUUCAUGGCAAGAAAACUGCAGGAUGUUUUUGAGGCUCGAUAUUCGAAGAUUCCUGAGGAACCACAGCGUCGGUUUUCAACUGGUGAAAGAGUUGAGAAGGGAAAAGGAGACAGACCUGAAAGUUCCUCAACCACAUCAAGUAGUGAAAGUGACAGCUCGUCAGAUUCAGAGAGUUCUGCAGAGGAGAGGGCCCUGAAGCUGGCCAGUUUAGAGGAACAGUUGAAGGCAGUUAGUAAUCAGCUGCAGAGACUCACCCAGGUGCCCCUCCUGAAACCAAAGAAGAAAGAGAAGUUGAAAAAGGACAGAAGAUCCAAAAAGAAAGACAUCCUUGAGCAAAAGAACAAAUCCUCAAAAAGCAAAUCUAAUGUGGCGAAAAUGGUCCACAGCAAAGGCUCUACUCUGCAUGGCAAGAAACACAGUAUUCAGGGUGCGCCCUUCAAAUCUGAGGUUGAGCCUCCAGCAAUUCCAAUGACUUACAGUGAGAAGAAGCAAUUGAGUCUGGACAUCAACAAGCUGCCUGGUGACAAACUUGGCAAGUUGGUGGAUGUCAUUCAGGCCAGGGAGUCUUCUCUGCAACAUGUCAGCCCAGAGGAGGUUGAGAUCGACUUUGAAAAGCUUAAGCCGUCGACACUGAGGGCUGUGCAAAGGUUCGUCAUGAGGUGUCUGAGGAAACUGUCCAACAGUGUUGACAAAAAAAAGUUGGUGAAACCCCUAGGAGCCAUGCAGACAGGAAAGUUAAAGGAUGCUCGGAGAUCGCUGACUGCCAGUAAAGAGCAGAACUUGGCUAAGAAGAAAAAGUCAGUCGGUGAACCAUUGUCAUCACAUGGGCACAUGCCACACCUCUGUGAUAGCAGCAGCCCCUCCUUCAGCUCUAACAGCAGUAGUAAUGAUUCUAGCACUUCUGAUAUCAGUGACUCUGAAUCAGUGCCGAAAACGAAGAAGCUGAAAAGUAAAGAUGUUUGCCAGAAGGCUAAAAUUAAGUUAAAGGUGAAACCUGCUGCCCAUAGUACGCAGAUAUCUGAGACAAAAAUAAAAGCUUCAAUGAAGACCUCUCAGCCACGUCCUGCUGUGCAGUCCCUGGUAGCAGAGAUUAAAGAGCACACUUCACAGCUGCAUGCAGACCAGUCUCAUGAUGAGCUGAUUUUGUCGCCUCCAGAUUUAUCUGCAGUUUUGUCCCCCCUGUCAUCUCCUCCGGAGAUGUUGAUGGUCUGGGUUCACAACAGACUUGAGUGCCCACUGUUAUCGCCUCUUCAAGACAGCCCAUUGCAGCCCAAGGAUGAGGGAAAGUGUGAUUUCAGGUGGUCUGAGGAUUUGCUUGACAGCCAUACCACGAAUGUGUUUGACACCAACACAGCCAAUAAAUCUGCUGAAGAUGUGAAGUCUGAAUUACCCAAAAAGGAUAUUGUCUUGAAGAAUGCAGACUCUUGGGCUAAGCUGAUAAAAGAGUCUACUGUCACCCCUACUAUUAUCAAAUCUUCAAAAGAGAACUUCCAGUUGUUCCGUAAGGUUGCUAUGGAAAAGGAAGAACGUGAAAAGGCACUCAAGAAGAAACAGAUGAAUGCAAACAGGGAGAGAGAGGCUUCUGAAAACAGCAGCCUUCUAGGCCCGGACACAGCAGAAAAAAAUCUGCAAUUUGCUGAAGAGGAUCCUGAUUCACCUGAGAUCCUUUGCACAGAGACUACCUUAGAUGUCCCCAAAGAUGUGAAACCGCAAAGAUCCAGCUCUCCUGUGACAACAGAACUUCUCACUGCACAAAUCUCAGUGGAUGCAGAAAGAGAGAUGGCCCGCAAAAAGGAGCAAGAGCGUCGCAGACGAGAGGCUAUGUGCAGUAUUGACAUGAGCAUGCAGAGUGACAUCAUGGCUUCAUUUGAGCUGAACCUGGACUGAAAAGCAACUGGGAUUCACUUGAUAAUUCAGUUUGAUCCUCUGCACAAGAACUGUUUGAGUACAUGGUGUCUGAUGUUUGUUUUCUGGGCACUGAAUGACAGAAUGUCUGUACAACAGGCCUGAGAGAGGUCAGCUCCACAUCAGCAGAGUUGUACUCCUGGAGAGAAUACAAUAAAAGACAGUUUAUUUCACCUGCAAAAGAUCAUAAUAUUUGGUAUAAAAAAAGUCCUUGCUCUUGUAUUUGCACUUUUUUGCACUAAAUAUCUGCACUGAUGCACGCUUGAAAUGUUGUGAUUGAAAGUUGGGUCUAAUAUCUUGACAUCCUGAAUAGUUUGUUCUUUUCACUGUGAGUCCCUCAGUACAUAGUUGUGUGUGACAAACUAAUUAAUGCCUUAAUAUGUUUACAUUCUGAUAAAACUAUCACUUUAUUGACUUGUUUGCUGAAAUGUGAAGUGUUUCUUUCAUGUGUAGUUUAUCUUGUUUCAGUUAAUCAGUAUUCAAAGAAAAAAUAUGCUAGAUAUUGAAAGGACACUUCAGUCACUAUUGUUUGAUGUUGUACACGUUACAUUCACACAUCCUGUGACUGACUGACUUUUUCUUUUUCUUUUUUGUUUGUUUUGUUUUCCUCUAAGUUUUGGGAAAAAUUUAAACAUCUAAAUCUGUAUUUUGUUUUACCCAGAGGUAGAAGUGUAGUCCGAGUCAGUGUUAAAAAUGUGGGGCUGAAUGAAAAUAUAGUAUCUCUAAUUUGUUUAUCUUCUUUAAUGUGCCAUAAAUUGCAUUGUUGACUGUA